GGGGACCCGGCAGCAGCCAGUUUAAUCUUCUCACCUCCAUUGGGGGUGCCGUCCCAGGAUGGGCCCAGGCCCCUGCAUGGAUUCGUUGUACCAAACUAACUUAUAACUUAGUGUUGCCGGGAUCGAUCCCGAAGGGAUCGGGCUUCAGGGCCAGGAAGUGAAGUGAUGGUAUCGAAGAGGUAGAUUUAGCCAGGGUGGAGUGAAUAUGCUCCUUCCACUCUGUGGCUGGACAGAGGCCGCUGUACUUGAAGAACAUGGGGCUGACCACCUUCUCCUCAGAGCAUUGUCGGCGAGGAGUUCGAGAGCCGAGUCCUCAUGGGGUGCCUUAGCUUUAGCUGGGUCGCGUAGCGUAUCGUACCUUUGGCAUCUGAUAACACUGCAUUUUCUGAACGAUUUACUAGGAAAGCGGCGUUAUGACAGGAAGCAGAGUGGCUAUGGUGGACAGACUAAGCCGAUUUUCCAGAAAAAGGCUAAAACUACAAAGAAGAUUGUGCUGAGGCUUGAAUGUGUUGAGCCCAACUGCAGAUCUAAGAGAAUGCUGGCUAUUAGGAGAUGCAAACAUUUUGAAUUGGGGGAAAAUAAGAAGAGAAAGGGCCAAGUGAUCCAGUUCUAAGCUUCAUAAAAUUAUAAAACCAUAAGACCAUAAAAUUAUGAGGUUAUGUUAUUUCACUUCAUUUGGUUGCAGUUGGCCUUUUGGGAGGGGAAUAAACUAGUGCCAUCAAUAAAAUUCCCCCUGUGGGGAAAUUUAUGCUUGAUGGUUCUUCUGGGCACUUCACUCAUUUUGGAUGGAAUCUAACAGGUUGAACUCAUAUUAGAUGUUAUGGUUGUUCUAUUUGGCACUUUGGGGCUUCAAGGGAUUCCUUUUGCUAUUAAGAGUCAAAGGUGAUUGGUUAUCAUGGGACAUAGAAGUAGAUACCUGAAACUAGCUGUCAGUAACAAGCAAAAUCACUUGUCUCAUACUUACACCUUCAUUACUCGAAUCAUUUUAAUGAGGAAUUUCAGCCCAGUUCUCUAGGCACAGCAUACUAAAUUGUCCUCAGACUUAAAGCUCAUGUCCCCUAAACAUCUUGACAUACCCCCUCAAAUUUCAAAGUAGAUUAUUUUCAUCAUGUUGAAAUACCUGCAAAGAUAAUUCUGAAUGAAUUAAACUUACUAAUGGAA